AUGUUACCGCUGACAAACAGGAAACAGGCAUACCGACAACCAGGAAAUAGGCAUGUUACCACUACCGACAACCAGGAAACAGGCAUGUUACCGCUACCGACAAACAGGAAACAGGCAUGUUACUGUUAUCGACAAACAGGAAACAGGCAUGUUACUGUUACUGACAAACAGGAAACAGGCAUCUUACCGCUACCGACAAACAGGAAACAGGCAUGUUACGGCUACCGACAAACAGGAAACAGGCACGUUACCGCUACGACAACCAGGAAACAGGCAUGUUACCGCUACCGACAACCAGAAAACAGGCAUGUUACCGCUACCGACAAACAGGAAACAGGCAUGUUACCGCUACCAAAAACAGGAAACAGGCAUGUUACUGCUACAGACAAACAGGAAACAGGCAUGUUACCGUUACUGACAAACAGGAAACAGGCAUGUUACUGCUACCGACAAACAGGAAACAGGCAUGUUACUGCUACCAAAAACAGGAAACAGGCAUGUUACCGCUACCGACAAACAGGAAACAGGCAUGUUACCGUUACUGACAAACAGGAAACAGGCAUGUUACCGCUACUGACAAACAGGAAACAGGCAUGA